AUGACGGAUUACUAUCAGAGUCUUGAACUCCCACGCGAUGCGACGCAGGAGCGAAUCCGAAGGAACUACCGCCAGCUGGCGUUAAGGUUUCACCCUGAUAGGGCGGGACCGGAGGGGGCGGAGAGGCUCAAGGAGGUACAGUCGGCGUACGAGGUGCUCUUGAAUCCCCAAAAGAGGAAAAUAUACGACAGGUUUGGAGCCAGCUUUGUGGAUAAUCCUGUCUCGGACGUGCUGAUUCUCCAGCUUGGGGGACGUUCGAUUUUGUGCAUUAUGGCAUGCACACCUUUCUUGGCAGCAUCGUUGGUUGUCAUUUUUACUGCUUUUCUUGUUGCAUAUGUCGCGGGUCGUCUUGUGGCGCGGGACGCUCAUUCUGUGAACGACCACAGUUGA